AUGUCGUCUUCCGCGGCGCCCGUACCGAGCUCAACAACGAGCACAAUCGACGCGUCCGGUUCGUCGCAGAACCUCGCCAAAGCUCCCCCGCCCGUGGGCGAUUCAAAGCGCAAUUAUAAGGGGUUUGUUGCUGGUGUGUUUUCGGGGAUUGCGAAGUUGAGUGUUGGUCAUCCAUUCGACACAGUUAAGGUGCGGUUACAGACGAGCAAAGAUGGACAUUUCAGGGGUCCGUUGGAUUGCGUGAUGCAGACGGUUAGAAAAGAGGGUAUCUCUGGAUUAUACAAGGGGGCUACGCCUCCGUUAGUCGGGUGGAUGGUUAUGGACUCAGUGAUGCUCGGCUCUUUAACGUUAUACCGCCGCCUGCUUCUCGAGAAUGUUUUCUCGAAACCGUCAAUACGCGCUAUUACCCCGUUUGCCAAAUACCAGCCCGACCCCCACGCGCUGCCUAGUUUUGGACACGGGAUUGCGGGUAUUAUGGCUGGUACGACAGUCAGUUUCAUCGCUGCGCCCGUUGAACACGUCAAGGCGCGGCUUCAGAUUCAGUAUGCCGCGGAUAAGUCGAAGCGGCUGUAUAGCGGGCCGAUAGAUUGCGUUCGCAGAAUUAUGGGUACCCACGGAAUCACAGGCCUCUAUCGUGGCCUCUGCGCAACCAUUUUCUUCCGCUCGUUCUUCUUCUUCUGGUGGGGAUCCUACGACGUCCUAACACGGAUGAUGAAAGAGCGCACAAACCUCUCAGCACCAGCGAUCAACUUCUGGGCCGGUGGUAUCUCUGCCCAGGUAUUCUGGCUAACGUCGUAUCCAUCGGAUGUGGUGAAACAGCGCCUGAUGACGGAUCCAAUGGGCGGUGCACUCGGUGACGGGCAAAGGAGGUUCCGGUGGUGGAAGGACGCCGCAGUGGCAGUUUAUCGGGAACGUGGGUGGAGAGGAUACUGGAGGGGCUUUGUGCCAUGCUUUUUGCGAGCAUUCCCGGCGAAUGCGAUGGCGUUGGUUGCAUUUGAAGGUGUGAUGCGCUGGUUACCAUAG